GGCAUUGUCCAGCCGCAGCUGCCAUGAACGAUCAAUUAGUGAUGCUAAACUCGACCCAUUCUCAUGACCAAAAGCGCUUUAAACGCCGCGAAAUUUGCGCUACUCACCGGACUGGUUCUCCUCUGUACCCUCAGCAGCGCCGCCUUGUUGGGCGUCAGCGGCGAGCGCUCGUCAGACUCACUUCGUGACUCGACGUCGACACUGCCAGCGCGACUGCGGCGCGCCAUUUUGUCAGUUAGAAAGUGUUGCAUUCAUUUAAGUACGAUCUCCACUCUUCAGCUUCAAAGCGAUGACGCCGGCAGCAACCCGCGGGGCUGAGCACGCGGGCGAUGCGGCCGACUUCCUGCGUCGCCUGUCGGUCGCGGACGCCAAAGUGCUGUUAGAGAGGACGAGGUGCGUCGUGUGUGGUGACUUAAUAGUGCAGGGGAAGUCUCUGUCUCUCAGGAUACGUUAAUCUCUUAAGAAUGACAAUCUCUACUAUGCAGGAAGGAGAAGGAGACCAAGACCAAGGAGAUGCAGAAGAUGAUCGGUGUGCGCUAUCGAGACCUUAUCGAGUCGGCAGACAAGAUCGUGAACAUGCACUCGGCCGCGCUGCGUCUCGAGGUGUCACUCAAGGAGAUGCCUGACAUGUGGAAGCACAUGGAGCUGUCUCUAGGCGGCGCGUUGGCCGUGGAGGGCCAACCUGGCAAUAGCACAGAAGAAGAACCUUCGAAAACGCAGAAGGGGGAACUGUCAGACGAAGCUACGGAUGCAGACAAGGUGUCGUUCCUGGUGGAGGUCCCCGAGAAGAUGUGGCAGCUGCUGGAUGAAGGAGAAUCACUGCAGGCGCUGGAAUUCUACCAACGAGUGACCACGAUCCAUAGUGAAUGCGCUGCGAAGGCUGCAGAGAACGAGUUUCCAUUCCUGCAGACCCAGUGGACGUGCAUUCAGUGCUUUCGACCUAGGAUGGUAUCGUGCGCCAAGAGCUAUCUGACUUGUCGAGGCAAGGAAAGCCGAUUUUAUGCCGAUAAUUUGUGUACACUUGCUGUGCUGAACGACCCUCCUAUUGGAGCUGACAAGCUGUUUGAAGUCUUUUUGGAGUCUCGCUCCAAGUGGAUGACUCCACUCCAUAAACGAGAUGAGAAUGAGCCAGCGGUGUAUAAAUCUUCGUUGAAGAAGGAGCGCGUGCUGAUGAUCAUUUUGAAGUCGAUCAGCUUGACGAUGGCUCAGACGGAGGAAAUCUUUGGCUGUGGAAGCGAAAGCGGCCUGUUGAAAUCGAUUUCUCAGCUACCAUUAAGCUUUAAAGACCAGUUGGAGCAGUUUGUUUCAUCAGGCAAAAUGCUUAAAAUGCUGAGCGAGUGGUUCGAGCGGAAGCACCGACAGAUAAUGGCGUUAGCUUCGCCGAUUAUUUCAAGUAUUGACUCGAUCUCGCAACUCUCACGAGUGCAAUCGAAACUAUAUGUCGUCAACAAGAACAGUGGUGGCUGUCUGAACGUGAAGCUGUGGGGCCAGGUGCUUCGUGAAGCACUUGGCAGUAUGGAGAAGCCAUUAAACGUUCCUGUUGAUUCCGUUUUUUCGGUUCUCUUUGCCAAAGCAUUUCGGAGGCGAACGCGUGAUUUGGUGCAGAACUCGUUCGUGGAAGCGCUCGAAACGAUUAAAACUCAGAUCCGUGCGAGCUUGGAAGACACGGCUGCAAGUAUUUCUCGAAGUGAUUAUAGGCUCAGAAACGUGAAAUUCUACGACUACUUCGAAACUAUUCAGAAGAAGGCGGCCGAUCUGGAUGCAAGUGAUCUUCAGAGUGUCCUGAUCGAAGAGUUUCUUCGAACACUAUUUAAGCUAGUGAUUUUUUUCGAGCAGGAGUAUCCACUCCAAAUGAACCAGAAGGCCAAUGCCGCGAAUGGUGCAGUUCAACUACCAAGCGUUUUUCUAAGCAUCUCCAACAUGUUGGCGGGAAUCGUAGCUGGAUUUCAUCCUCAGAUGACCAAGUUGUUCCCAGGAAGCUCGACUAUUGUUUCAAUACCGGAGAAAGACCCCUCGCUCUCGAUAGUUGGUCCAGUCUUUGAAAGGUACUCCAACAGUGGUUUCGUGAUGAAGACACAGCUAGCAGUCGCGUUGGAGGAAAUCCUAGGGAAUGGAGAAAAGACGCAGGCCUGCUUUAUUGACGAAGAGCUCGGGCGAGUCAACGCUGUGGGGUUCCAUUCUCUUUAUCUUGUUUCUGAGAUAAAGCAGAAAGCGUCGUACCCACAGUUAUUUGUGAACGUACUGCACGGACUGUCAAAAAAGUAUUGUGAGGCUUGGGCUACUAUUCUUCUAGAGCAGAAGAUCGAACCGUUGCGCGAGCUGUUGCUUGUUGAGCAGUACGAUUCAACCAACGAGGAAUGGAUCGCUACUCAUGAAGGUUGGAUCGAGCAAGUGAUUUCCGAUGAAGUCCUUGAUGGAGACACUGAUGGCUCGUCUUCGGAAUCUGAGAUGGCCUUCGGUGAUGAAAAGGUUUGGCUGCCAUGGUGCGAAACGCCGACAGUAUCCAGCUUUCUUUUCUCGUGCUGCUACAGCUUGGACGAUGCGAACCGGUUGGUUCAGAACUCCAUCGGAACUAAAGACGAGCAGAUCAGGUUGAUGCAGCGUACUAUUCGAGAAGUUCUCGUGGAGCAACUUACCAUCGUAAGCGUGGCCGUGUAUGAUGCCGCCGUCUCACUACUUGUAGAUGCCAAGGCAACUCAAGAUGAUUCGGUUUUGAACUUCGGCGAGUGUUGCAUCCAGCAGUUCCUCUUUGACAUGUAUUUUGUCCGCGCGACAUUGGGCUUUUCCGACUUCAUUCGCUUUGGCUGGGGCGACGAGUUGAACCCCGAAGACUGCUCUCCUGGAUUAUUGAAGCUGAAGAGCUUGUUCGAGCGUAUGCGGGAGUUUAUCGAUCCAGUGGACUGGGAGAUUUAUGGACCGCAGCUGAUUGAAAAUGUGGUGCUGCAAUUCCGGAAAAGCCGACUGCUCUUUUCAUCGCUGUCAGAAUCGAACGACAUCAACAAAAUCAAUGGAAAAGAGAUCGUCAUUGGAGCUCAAGACACAAGGCCAUUAGCACGGAUUGCAGAGCCUGUUGCCAGGUUCUCGCUGCUUCCCGUUCCUUCGAGUCGCCGUAAGUUCCAGCGUACCAUGUCGUCGACGUCGCGUUCAAGUGAGAAUGAUAUAGCUGAAGGGCGAAGCAGAGCAAAUAGCUCCACUCUGUUCCAUGAACGCACAGAUGAUGCGUCUCAGUCGUCAACCACGAAGUUGCAGAACUUGUUGUCGUCAUCGACGAGCUCAAAUCUCUUCUCGGCAGCGACUUCAGGCACCAAUUUGCUUUCUUCCGCGGCGAAAGGCAUCGGAUUUCUGUCGUCUGCAACGACCAACAAAUACUUCUGAGAACAAUAACGUGGGGUCUGUCAAAAACGCAAUUGCUCGUAUUGAUCUCUAUUAGAUGGUAUGCUGAUCACAAAAUCUACUCAACAAACUUCAUGGAUGAGCCUUUGGAAAGAGCUCCCCAUUGCUGGUCAUACACCUUAGCAAAAGCCCCAAUCUCAGCGUUCUUAACAGACGAAUCCUUAUCCUCAGAGAAGAAUUCGUUCGUAACAACGCUCAGCGUGUCUGCCAUCAGAUCCCGAAUAACAAAGUGCAGACGAUCACCCGUUUGCUUGAAAUCCGGACCGGGGUUGAAUUCCAGCAGCCACACGUUGAAGUCCUCGUCAACCAUGAAGUCGACGCCGUAAAUCUCGAAGCAGUUCGGAAGUGGCUGGAAAACCGAGAACUCGCCCUUGUAAGCGUCGAAUGUCUCGGCUGUGAUCUGGCCAAUGUCAGCAAGAAUCUUCGCCUUCUUGCCGGCAGGAUCAGCGAUGCCUUGCUCAGCCAGAAUGCCUUCAAUGUCGUCCAGUAACAGCACGCAUUCGCUCUCAACAAAGUCUGGGUGGCUCUGUUGCUGGAAAGUGUUGGUGAUGUGCGAGUAGUUGUUGUCCGUAUCAGCCUCACGGUAUUGCUCCAGAGCGCAAAGCACAAGGCAGUGCUGGUACACGAACACCUUUAGACCACCAACCGCGAGAACAUACACGCGGAUGUGGAACUUGCGGCCACGCAGCAACAGUGGCCGCUGGAUAUACUCCUGGACAACCCACUCGCGGAUGUCGGUCCACUCGUUGACAAUGCUACGUAGCUUCUUGAAGUCUUUGAUCACAUUAACCUCAGCGCCCUUGUUGGUAGCACUGGGUUUCAUGAUCCACGUAUUGUUCUCGUUCUCGAGUGUUUGCCUUACCUCCCACAGACACGAGUCCAGACGCUGACGAAAGGAGAUGCCGAACUGGGCCAUACUCUCAUCGUAAGCUUCCCAGGUGUCCACCACAAUGGUGCGUGGAAGAGCCUUACUCAGCAUGCAGUCCGGGUGCUUCAUAAUGUACUUGGACAGGUAGAUCGACAGCUGUGCCUUCCGUGAGAGCCCUUUGCGGACGCAGUAGGCGUUGGCCACCACCUUUCCAGCCAGGACAUUUUUCCAGUCCAGAUUUUCAUACUCGUCCCACUGCAACCACAGCAACAAAGGCAAUCGUUAGGACUUACAAACUACAAAGCGCACAUUUUGUUAAGAAUUGUGUUACGUACGAUCAGAUCCGG